AUGGAGGACGACUUCCGGCCGCAGGUGAAGAAAGUAGCUGUGGCCAUGGGCGUGUCCCUCACAGAGCAGGACGUGGACCGCAUGCCACGGGAGAUGAGAACUCAAGGGAGCUUCAACUACAGCAGGUUUCUGGAGUACAUGAGGCAGUUCGAGGCCGCGGAGCAAAGAGAGGAGGCCAUCAAGAAGGCCUUCAGGACGCUCGACAAAGACGGCAGCGGAUACAUAGAGUGGAACGAGAUCAAGUACAUCCUGUCUACAGUCCCGGCUGCCCCCCCGUCCGCCCCCCUCUCCGAGGAGGAGGCGGAGGCCCUGGUCCAGGCUGUGGACUCCGAUGGAGACGGACGCAUCGACUACAGAGGUGAGGGCGCCCUCUGGUGCUCGGGCCGCCGUCCCCACUGGGCUCAGCAGGCAGCCAGAGAUCAGCAGAUACAGGCAGGACACAGGAAACGCUGA